AUGUCUAAGACGCUACCUAGCGUCGUCCUCGUCCCGGGGGCUUGGACUGCACCCAAAGCAUACCAAAAGCUGAUUGAUGCCUUGGAAGCGAAAACUUUCGAGGUCCAUUGUCCUGCCCUGCCAACGAAUAAUGGCCAACAACCUCCAAACUCUACCUUCGAUGCGGACAUACAGACUGUCCGCGAAGCCGUACAGCGUCUGGUCGACGCCGGCCAAGAGGUCAUCAUGCUAAUGCAUUCAUAUGGCGGCAUCGCCGGAACCAGCGGUAUCAGAAACCUUACCCGCAAGGACCGACAGGCGAGGAGCUUACCCGGUGGCGUGGUCUGUCUCAUCUACGCGGCCGCAUUCAUGCUCAGCGAAGGCCAGACGAUUCGAACAGUGGUGCAAGCCGUCAAUCUUCCCGGAAGAAGUUCGCUCGUAAAAUUCAGCAGCGACAACAGCACUUGGUUUCCCAUAGACCCCAACUGGCUCUUGUAUAACGGCUUGACACCCGAGGAUCAAGAGGAGCAGGUCAAGCUCUUGAAAUGGGGUAACACUGCGAUUUUGACUGGGCAAACAACCUAUGCUGCAUGGAAAGACGUACCCACAAUCUAUAUUCAAUCGUUGGAAGAUCGUUGGCUGCCGCCCGAAUUCCAAAAAUUCUGCCUCCAGAAUGCAGCCGAUGCAGGAGCGCCUGUCCGCACCGCUGCCCUCGAUUCUGGUCAUUCGCCUUAUGUUGAAUUCGCGACUGAGUUGGCCCAGAUGACCUUUGAAGCUGCGAUCGAUGCACGUGCCUCUUUACCAUAG